UCAGUGUGUGUCUUGCACUGUAGCAUUAGCUGUUCAACAUCGACGUUUCUAAGCGUUUUUGAAACAAAUUUUCAGGAGGCUAAAAGUGCACAAUAGUUAAUUUAACGGGUAACCGUUCUUACUACAGAUGUGGUAUUUAUAUUGUUUGUUUAAUGCGGUCUGGCCCAGUCGGGAAAUGAAAAUGUAACGUUUGCUAUCGAUUUCUGGUCGGUGAGUUAGGUCAGCGUUAAGUUAGCUGUUAGCUUUUUUUAGCCACUCAGGCCCGACUGUAUGUGAGCACAAAGGCCGUGUACAUCGCCUCGCUUUUUUAAACAAUGUAUCCCUCCUGGGGAAAUUUUGGUGGACCCCAGCCGCCAAACUAUGGAGGUUCUGGGCCCCGUAACGUUAAGCAGCCUGGUGGAGGCCACCCCGCCCCGGCAGUGGGGUUCGGCGGCUUCGAGGCCCCAACCAGCGGCUCGCUGUUCUCCAGCCUGCAGCAGCAGCACCUCCAACAGAUGCAGCAGCUGCAGAUGCUGCACCAGAAACAGCUCCAGUCUGUGUUACAACAUGGUAACAGUGCUAAUACGUACGCAGGUGGACAUACAGGGCCAUCGUGGCAUUUAGAAGGAUCAGGACAUUCAGACAGUGGUGUUGGAGCUCAGUCCUACUAUAACGUUAAACAAGACGAGACUCCUGCUCCGCAGGUUCACCCACAGCCUCCUCCGCCUCCACCUCAGCAGCAACCCAACGAGCCCCAACCGGUUCCUCCCCCUCCAGAGCCUCCGUCGUUAAAGCUACCGGAGAACAACGGUGCUCCCAAACCCAAAGAGGCCAACAAGAAACAAUCAUCCACGACAGAAGACGACAAAUCCUUACCUUUGCAGGAACAACAGCAACUUUGGUACAAACAACAUCUUCAAAAUCUACAGAAGUUAAAGCAAGAGAGAGCCAAACAGAACCAGAAAGAUGGUGAUGGUCCUGUGCCUCCACCACCCGUGGGACAAGGGGUUCCCCCUCCUCCUCCAUCAGAACCACCAAAAGGGGCACCUCCUCCGCCCCCUCCAAAAGAGGAGCCCCCAGCGCCACCUCCACCUCCCGAGGAGGGAAGGAGAGAAAAUGUAGGAAAAUCACCUACAUUUACAGAAACACCCGAGGUCCCACAAGACCCAGAGGAGGCUGCCCGCCUCCAGCAGUUACAGGCUGCAGCAGCGCAGUGGCAACAAGUACAGCAGCAGAGAGCAGGCUUACAAUACCAGGCUCUCAUGCAACAACAUGAAAAGCUUCAGCAGAUCCUGGAACAGUACCAACAGCUAAUUCAGCAACCUGCAAACCUACAGUCAAUGUCUGCUGAAAUGCAGCUGAGGCACUAUGAAAUGCAACAGCAGCAGUUCAACCCUUUGUUCCAAGAUUGGGAUCGCUCCUUCGUCCUGUGGCAUGAGCAGUUCCAGACCUAUCCCCACAAAGACCAACUGCAGGACUAUGAGCACCAAUGGAAGCAGUGGCAAGAGCAGAUGAAUGCCACCAAUGCCCACCUUCAAGAAAGGGUGGCCACUCUCACUGCCAUGGUACCAUUCGCGUCAAGCCAGUAUGGUAGUGGGAUGGUGGGACAGUAUGGUCAAUACCCUGGACAAGACCUGCAAAUGCAGCAGCAGUCAGUGAAACCGGGUAUGCAGCAUUCCCCAGUUGCUGUUGGUCCCAGAUCUCAAGGCCCACAGACUGCUGGCUUUGGGCCACAUUCAGAAUCUCCUGCUGGGACCCCGGUGAGAGGAGGUAGCCCUGCUGGCAUAGUCAGACCCCCAGGUCCCCCCACCGUUCAGCCACCAAGCUUCAACAGCAUUAGGGGUCCACGUCCUAGUGGAAACAACUCUAGAUUUGACCAACCACCGCAGCGUUUUGAUGGUCCCCCGAGGUUCGACCAACCACAGCAGCGCUUUGAUGGUCCCCCGAGGUUCAACCAACCACAGCAGCACUUUGAUGGUUCCCCGAGGUUUGACCAACCAAAGCAGCGCUUUGAUGGUUCCCCGAGGUUCGACCAACCACAGCAGCGCUUUGAUGGUCCCCCGAGGUUCGACCAACCACAGCAGCGUUUUGAUGGUCCUCCAAGGUUCAACCAACCACAGCAGCGCUUUGAAGGCCCCCCAAGGUUUGACCAACCACUGCAGCGCUUUGAUGCCCCCCCUCGAUUUGACCAACCAAGGCACCGUUUUGAUGGUCCGCCCAGAUGUGACCAACCACGGCAGCGCUUUGAUGCCCCCCCUAGAUUUGACCAACCUCGAUUUGGGCAGCAGCCUAGGUUUGAACAGCCCCCAAGGCACACAGGCCCCCCACCACGUUUUGAACGCCCACCUGUGCCCCAGCAAAUACAACAGCAACGUCUCCAACCUAAGUCAGAACCAGCCAAUAAACAACCUGCCAGUUUGGAUUCCAAAACUCCAGGAAAAUCAGCUGAGCAGCUAAAGUCUGAAAAAGACAAAAGUGAAUCUGAACCAGAUAAACCUAAAGCCAAUCCUGAAGACAUGGCAGAUGACAACUUGCUUGGAAAUGAGGGUUUUUUUGUCCAGAAUGAACCCAUUCCUCAGACAUUACAAACAAACACAAAGCCAGAGGAACCUGAUGGCGAUAAUGCUUCGAACAGUAGUGAAAAACCCAAACCUGUUAACAGUAAACCUUCUGUAACUGCUCCUUCUACUGUAGCAACAAAGAAUACUGCUACACAAAAUCCCCUCAAACCAGAUGGACCACUCACAAACAACAAACCGCCUCUGGUUCCAACACCUGCUGCUAUCAAACAGGAGCCACAAGCCUCUGGCCAAAUGCAGUCAAGACCAGAUCCUCCAAGGCCUCUCCCUGUUAGGGGACGAGGCCAGCCCCCGUUACCUGUCCAAGUGCACGGACGAGGGCGUGGCCAGAGGGGCUCUGGAGAGUUCAGUGGACCAAACACUGUACCGCUUGGGGAGAAGAUGGGAGAAAUGUCUUAUGACUACAUGCCACCUGAAGAGGACUUGGGAAUAUCAGAAGAGCAGGAAGACUAUAACUGGCGAGAUUCUACAUAUGAGGAGUGUGGUGGUGAGGAUUUGGAGGUGCCCCCUGAAGAAAUGUGGAUGCCAGAGGAACUUCACUUCUCAACAGAGGAAGAGUAUUAUGAAGAGCCAAUAGGAGGGCCUGCAAUGGGGAGAGGAGGGCCUGCAAUGGGGAGAGGAGGGCCUGCAAUGAUGAGAGGAGGGCCUGCAAUGGGGAGAGGAGGGCCUGCAAUGAUGAGAGGAGGGCCUGCAAUGAUGAGAGGAGCGCCUGCAAUGAUGAGAGGAGCGCCUGCAAUGAUGAGAGGAGGGCCUGCAAUGAUGAGAGGAGGGCCUGCAAUGAUGAGAGGAGGGCCUGCAAUGAUGAGAGGGGGACCAUUUAUGGGGAGAGGAGGUCCACCUAUGGGGAGAGGGGGACCACCUUUGGGUAGAGGCGGUCCCCCUAUGGGGAGAGGCGGUCCCCCUAUGGGGAGAGGAGGACCCCCUAUGGGGAGAGGAGGACCAGCCAUGGGGAGAGGAGGACCAGCCAUGGGGAGAGGAGGACCAGCCAUGGGAAGUGGAGAGCCAGUCGACAUGCAUUGGGAGGAACCUGAGUCGGCAGAGUAUUCAGAGGAAGGGGACCCUUACUGGGGAGAAAGGAGACCUCCAAUGAGAGGCAUGAGACCCCCAUUUCCACCUGGUCGGGGUCGUCCCCCACGUGGUCAUCCUGGUUUCAUGCACCAAGGAAGAGGACGGCCCCCUCACCCAGCACACGGACCAAUGGACCAUGAGCCAUUAGGCCACGAAAUAGACAAUGAUGAUACUGAAUUGGAUCCAGCAAGUCACCCCAUGUACCAUGAACAUGACCCUCAUAACCAUCCGAUGCAUCCUGAUGUAGGAAGAGGCAGGCGUCGUGUGCCACCACCAUCUCACGAAAUAAUGGAUCCUAUGGAGGAACCAUUGUACGAUGAAGGAAUGGAGAGCGAAUUAGGGUGGCAACCGCCACAUGGCAGAGGCCCUCCUCUGCCUCCACAUGAGAUAAUAGAUACGGGAGGAAUGAGGAGGAGACCUGUAGGUCGAGGAAUGGCUAGAGGUAUGUGGCGGCCAGGUCAAACACAUGAGGAAUAUGAAGAGGGAUACAAUGAGGGUUACGUCGAGGAUUAUGGUCACGGAGAAUCUGGGUAUCGCUGGCGGCCACCACGGGGCUUUCCUCCUGAUGACUAUCGGCAUGAGGCCAAGUACUACGAGUCUGAAUGGGAUAGAGAGCGUGCUCCUCCUGAAAGGGACUAUCCUCCCCGCAUGCCACCACCAGAGCCCUACAGAGAUGGCCACUGGCUAGAGGAAAGAGAACGAGAAAGAGGUCUCCCAUAUCCUUACGAUGAGCAUGAUAGGGAAAGAGGAGAACUUAGAAUCCGUGAAUAUAGGGAUGAUCCACCGUACCGUCAGGAAGAGCCGCCACCACCAUCACAACCUUCAGAAUGGGAUAGGUCUUCAAGACUUCCUCCACCACCAGAGAGAGGCUAUCCUGCUGACUAUGAGGAUCGCAGAGCUUGCUAUGAAGAGCACAGAGAAGACCCUCAGUUGGAUCGACCUCCACCUUUACCUCCUGCACCUGUCACAAACUUGCCAGAGUGCUCAGUUGAUCCGGCAACACAAGAAACAAUCGGAGCAAAUGUACUUGCUCUCUCCCAACGCCAGCAUGAGAUCAUCCUGAAAGCAGCUCAAGAGCUUAAACUUAUACGGGAAUUGCAGGAGGGGAAGACACCUGGUACUGAACCUCAGCCUGCACCAACUGACAUCCUGCCUGAGCUUCCCGCUGGUCUUCUCGGUUUGGAGAUCCCACCAGAAGUCAGGAAUGCUCUGAAGGGCAUGACUGCAGCUUCACAUACAGCUGUAACUGAACCUGUGUCUUGGGAUACCAAGUCUGCUGCCACAGAUUACCAGUCAUCUCUCACUGCUGCACCCCUUCCAGUGAUUCCAAAGACUGUGGAUUAUGGGCAUGGGCAUGAGCCUGGAGCAACCGUUGAGCGGAUCUCUUAUGGUGAGAGAAUUGUGUUGAGGCCUGACCCACUGCCUUCAGACAGGGGCUAUGAAAAAGAACUUCUUGGUCCCAGAGAUCCUUACAGAGACCCGUAUUAUGACAGACGAUCAGACCCUUACAUGGACCGCCGGGAUUACAGUAGAGAGAGGGAAUUAUACAGAGAAAAACUUCCACCUGAAUAUGAAAGAGAACGAUUUGAGAGGGAGCGCUAUCCCCCAAGAGAAAGAGAUGAGAGAUCGCCACUGGCACCCUCUUUGCGUUCAGGAUACCGGGAGAGAGACCGGGAUCUUCGAGAAAGGGAGGGAAGUGACAGUCGUGAUCGAGAUGAACAUUAUGGAAGGCCUGGCUACGAUAGACCUGGCUACGAUAGACCUCCAUACGAGCGCACUGGACUUGACCGCAGCGGGCCUGAACGUUACGGCCAUAGCUCCUCACCUUACGUGGACAGAAGAAGUUACCCAGAGGACCGAGGGCCUCCCACUGCACCUUCCCUCCCUCCUCCACCUCAGCCACCACCGCGAGUUGAGAGGAAGCCAGAAAUCAAGAAUAUCGACGAUAUCCUCAAACCACCUGGCAGAUUGUCUCGGCCUGAAAGGAUUGUUAUCAUAAUGAGAGGACUUCCAGGAAGUGGAAAAAGUCAUGUCGCAAAGCUCAUUCGGGAUAAGGAAGUCGAUUGUGGCGGUGCGCCUCCAAGAGUUCUUGUUUUGGACGACUAUUUCAUGACUGAGGUUGAGAAAGUUGAGAAAGACCCAGACACAGGGAGAAGGGUCAAAACCAAAGUUCUUGAGUACGAGUAUGAGCCAGAGAUGGAGGAUACCUACCGGAGCAGCAUGCUUAAAACAUUUAAGAAAACUCUGGAUGAUGGCUUUUUCCCCUUCAUCAUUUUAGACACUGUCAAUGACAAGGUUAAACAUUUUGAUCAGUUCUGGAGCGCAGCCAAAACGAAAGGCUUUGAGGUAUACCUGGCUGAAAUCACUGCAGACACUCAGACUUGUUCGAAGAGAAAUGUCCAUGGGCGCACACUGAAGGACAUAAUGAAGAUGUCCAACAAUUGGGAGCCUUCACCUCGUCAUAUGGUGCGCUUGGAUGUCCGGUCCCUGCUUCAGGAUGCUGCUAUAGAGGAGGUUGAAAUGGAAGACUUCAAUCCCGAUGACGAGCCCAAGGAACCCAAGCGAGAGGAGGAAGAAGAGGGUGAUCUGGCCUACAUUCCAAAAAGCAAAUGGGAGAUGGACACGUCUGAGGCUAAACUCGACAAGUUGGACGGUCUGGGGAGCAGUGGAAAGAGGAAACGUGAAGACAUGGCAGGCCUGGAUGACUACCUUCAGCUGCCGGACGACUAUGCCACACGCAUGUCCGAACCAGGAAAGAAAAGGGUUCGAUGGGCUGAUCUUGAAGAGCAAAAGGACGCGGAUCGAAAGCGCGCCAUCGGCUUUGUGGUGGGUCAAACGGACUGGGAGAGAAUAACGGAUGAGAGUGGAAAGCUGGCGCAAAGAGCUCUCAACCGCACCAAGUAUUUCUAAGAAGAUAAUCUUGUCCCCCCUCCCUCCCCCCCCCUUCAUUUAAAGGUGUCCAGAAUGUGAAAACACUGAAGCUUACCUUUUGGUGAAACAUGACUCAUCAAGGUGACAUCACCAAUAGUUAUCAAAUUCAUAGUUAUGUCAUUGAUAAGGAUAAGUCCAGUUUUCUUUCUUAUUUUUAAACAGACACUCUGGUUAUUUGCCAAUAAACUUGUAGUUUAUGAUUUUGUGCUGUUUCCUGUAUCUAGUCAUAUUUCUUGCUGUUUUAUACUCUUCAUGCUUCCUGUACUGUACACAUGUAGCACAAUUUCUUGGUCCAUGCAUACUUGAAAAAACGACAAUAAAAGUUUCACAAAAUUA